AUGGAUCCAUUGAAGAAAAAUCACACCUUAAGCUCUGAGUUUAUUAUCUUAGGCUUUGGGGACCUGGCUGAACUGCAAUUCUUCUUUUUUGGAUUCUUUCUAAUUAUGCAUCUCUUCACCCUAGUGGGGCAUACAACUAUUGUGCUUAUUACCCUCAUUGACACCUGUCUCCAGACCCCCAUGUAUUUCUUUCUCCGGAAUCUAUCUGCUAUUGAAAUUUGCUAUAUAUUAGUUAUUGUCCCUAACAUGCUGGCCAAUUUCCUGUCCAGAAACCAGCGAAUGCCCUUCCUGGGCUGUGCCCUGCAAAUGCUCCUCUUCAUUGGCCUGGGUGGGGCCGAAUGUUUCCUCCUAGCUGCAAUGGCUUAUGACCGCUUUGUGGCCAUUUGCAACCCCCUGCGAUACACACUCAUUAUCACCAGAGGCCUCUGUUUGCAGAUGUUGGCUUUGGCCUUCAUCAGUGGUUUCACACUCUCGCUUACCCUUACCACACUGAUAUUUCUCCUGCCCUUUUGUAAAUCCCAUGUGAUCAAUCACUUCUUCUGUGACAUUCCUGCUGUUUUAUUCCUGGCCUGCUCUGACACACGAGCCAAUGAGAUUGCUGUAUUCCUCGUAUGCAUGCUAAUCCUGUUGAUUCCCUUCUUACUGAUCUUGUUCUCUUAUGGAUUUAUUAUUGUUGCCAUCCUCAGAAUCCACUCAGCUGAGGGAAGAAGCAAAGCCUUCUCCACCUGUGCUGGCCACCUGCUGGUCUCUAUUCUGCACUAUGGCUGUGCAAUAUUUAUCUACAUUCGCCCCAAAUCUUGCUAUACCCCAGAACAGGACAAGAUUGUGUCUUUAAUUUAUACCAAUGUAACCCCCAUGCUCUAUCCUAUAAUCUAUACUCUGAGGAACAAGGAAGUCAAGGGCGCCCUCAAGAGGCUCUUGGUUAGCCACAACGGAUAA